AUGUCUCAGGAAGUCGACUGGCUACACAGCCAGGCAGGCGUGUGUAAGGUAGACCUUUACAACCCCGAUGGAGGGAAAGACCAGGACCGCAAAGUGAUUUGUUUUGUUGAUGUCUCCAGCCUGAACAUUAAAAGCACAGAUGAUAAAGAUGCUGCUGGCCAGUCCAAACCCAAUGAACCUGCCACAGGACUUGAUCUGGGGAAAAUGCAGGACAAAGAGGUCAUUGUGAUAAAAGACAGCGAGACACCCGAGCAGUCGAAGACGGAAGGGGCCGUGUGCCUUUUCAAACAAGGUUCAACCGAAGAACUCAAUGUUGUGACCUGGCUCUUUGAUGACCUGCAGAAAUACGCAUGUGGAUUCCAACAUGCGCUGGCCCCUUCGAGCUCCCCUCGCCAACCAAAGCCGUCAGCGGCUGACAAGAUGUCUCAGAACAACAACAACACAGCUUUCAAACCUUCCGGUGGCCAGAAAGGACCUGCAGAUGAAGUCGCUGGCACAGUCCAAAAGCUCUGUUCUUUGGUGAUGCAAAUGGCCAGCAAAGAGAUCUCUGAAAACCUGGAAGAUGCGGCCAGCAAGUGUAUACGCCAAGCAAUUUACGCCACAAAAGAUGGGAAUGCUCAGGAUCCCAAUGCGAAGCCGCAGGACAAGAAGGAAGAGGGUAAAGGCGGUCCCAAGAAAACCUCUCUCUUUUAUGGCGAGGUGUGCUCCAACCAAAGCGAAUCGAUCCAGGAAGAAGAGACAAAGCCACCCUGUACCCAAGUGAGUCACCCGAGGAGACAGUCCGCUCGUAAUGAUGGUAGUUCUUUUAACAAAGGGCUAAUGGUUUAUGCAAACAAAGAUGCUAAGGAUAUGACGUUCUCAUUUGUGAAGGCCACAAAGGUUCACAAGAGGCAACCGCUGCCAGCGUGUGUGGUUCUGAAAAGAGUGUUCCUUAAACACACCAGAGAUGUCAUAUCAGACUUAAUUGACUCUACAAUGAAAAAUCUACAUAAUGUCACUGGGGUCCUCAUGACAGACUCUGAUUUUGUUACUACAGUUAAGAAGAAUCUCUUCAGUGCAGGAACCCAGAAGUCAACUGAGAUUUUAGAAGCAAUGGUACUACGCAUGUAUAAUGCUUUGAUGACGGAAACGAAGGAGAGAGGACACAGUCUUGUAUAUUCAUUACUGAAAACAGGAUGUUCAAUGGACCCAAAUGCUCAAAGUAUGCAUUUUGCAUCUCUGAAAGGUGGACUGCAUACGAGGGACAAGGGAAAACAAGAGCCAGUGCACUCGUCUGCCCAGAAAGUGGGAGAGACAAUAAUUAAGGAUGGAAUUAGCAUGUUACGUUCAAAAACAUCAGGAGGCAAAGCUCCAGACAGGGGAGGUCAUGACAAGAGGCCAGAAAAAAGCAGCUCCACAACCGAAUUCCUAGCAAAAGACCUCAUCUUGACAGCUUUAAUGCUGAUACAGCAGCACCUGCUAACUCAAUACAAGGAACCGACUUCCGAGUCCAAUAGCUCUUCAUUUGGAUAUUUUGAAAAAGGAGGUAAACAUGGUUCUAGAUCCCAAGGCUGCAAGGGCGAUCCACAACAGCAAGAAUUUCAGAAAGGAGAAAUACAAAGCGCUCUCCUUUCUAUCAUCUCAAAGGUCCUACAGGAGGCGGGUUUCAACGUCGACGAGUGUGAGGUAACCAGGAAACCCAAUUCGUACGAGGAAAGGUCUAGCAAAAAGCCCUCAUCCAAACACUACAGUUCAGAGGUGGACUCUGAAAACAUGGAUCAAAUAAACAAGAAAUUUAUCGAUCAGCUGAUGGAAUCUGUGAUGAAGCUGUGUAUGUACAUGACGAAAAGCCCCGAUUUUGUUGUGGAAGAUUACUCAGAUGAACAGGGAACAUACUUCAGCGCAAGAAACAAGGGCUCUGAGGUGAUAGUGAACAACCAGAGCUCCAAUGCCAGCGCGCAGAACAGAGAGCUCCAGGCCAUUCUCCAGUGGAUGGCCGCCUCCCACUUCCAAGUGCCCAAUCUCACGUUCAUGAACGAGAAUGACGAGGAACUGAAGAAGCUUCCUCAGAUUGCGGAGAAAGCGGCCAAGAAGGGUUCGAGUGUGGGAGAUAUUCUGCAGGAGGUCAUGAGGUACUUCGAAAAACAACAGAUUGAUGCCGCUGUGGGAAACAUGCCUCGUGGCGGACUUCUCGACUGGUUGCUUGUUAAUCUGUAGACAAGAGCCGACACCUCCCUCUCUUUGCUUCCACCCAGCGUAGUGCCACCUUAAUUACUGGCUGGAACAACAGUACAGCUGAUUUUCCAUAGACAACACUUCAUCAAAUUCCACAGGCUGUAACACACUAGCUGGGCAAAGUCACCAAUAAAAAAAUA